AAAAGCCUCGUUGGGAAAGCACAGAAGAAUUUAAUAAAAGCAAUGCAAAAGAAAUUUGCUUCAACAUUUGAAGGUAUUGGUGACCAAGAAAACUCCCUAAACAGCAUCUACACAUCACUCUACAGCACCACUGGAGAGAGUACAGGGCUGCAUGAGGAACAUGAGUUCAGAUACUUCAAAAAUAAACUGAAAAAGCAAACAUCGUGUGAUAAAGUCGACCUCAGUGAUAUCUUCAAACCUUUGCCUGGCCAAGAGAAACCGCCCAGGACAGUCCUGACGAAGGGCGUAGCAGGCAUUGGAAAAUCAUUUGCUGUGCAGAAGUUCAUUCUUGACUGGGCUGAGGAAGAAGCAAACAAGGACAUUGAUUUCGUUUUCUGUCUUGCUUUUCGAGAGCUGAAUUUGAUUACAGAUGAGAAAAGCUUGCAUGAGCUCCUGACUGAAUUCCACCCUGCUCUCCGAAGUCUGAAAGAUUCAGAGGAUUUUGUCAAAGGCAGGGUUAUAGUGAUCCUGGACGGGCUGGAUGAAAGCAGACUUCAACUGGACUUCAAGAAUGUUAAGACAGUAACGUCUAUCAGUGAAGUAAUGUCUGUCGGUGAUCUCCUUGCAAACCUCAUCCAGGGUAAACUUCUUCCUAAUGCUCAAAUAUGGAUAACUUCCCGUCCAGCAGCAGCCAAUCAGAUCCCUGCAAAGUAUGUUGACAGGGUGACGGAAAUAAGAGGGUUCAAUGAUCCUCAAAAAGAGGAAUACUUCAGGAAGAAAUUUAGUCAUGACUUGAGCCUUGCCGACAGGAUCAUUUCACAUAUCCAGUCUUCCCAGAGUCUCGACAUCAUGUGCCAGAUCCCGAUCUUCUGCUGGAUUUCUACCGUAUUAUUUCAGGAGGUCUUUGGGGGAGACGAGAAAGUUGAAUCUCCUCAAACUCUGACAGAGAUGAUGGCACAUUUCCUGUUUGCCCAGACAAAACGCAGAAGCAGAAAAUAUGACAAGAAGACUGAGAAGAACAAAGAGCAAUUUCUAAAGUCACAGAAAGAAUUUCUUUUGAAACUUGGCAAGCUUGCAUUUGUUCAGCUGCUGAAGAACAACCUCAUCUUCUAUGAGAAAGACUUUGAAGAAUGUGGCAUUGACAUAAAAGAAGCAGCUAUCUACUCUGGAUUUUGCACCGCAGUCCUUAGAGAAGAAAAAGUGUUCUCUCAGCAAAAGGUCUUCUUCUUUGUGCACCUGACCAUACAGGAGUUUUUUGCAGCUCUUUACGUCUAUGACUGCUUCACAAACAAGAAUACAACUGAGCUCAGCAGCUUCCUCAAUCUGGAGCAGAAAGAACAUACGCUGCUUGAUCUUCUAAAGAUGACAGUUGACAAAGUGCUGGAGGAGAAGAAUGGCCACCUGGACUUCUUCUUGCGAUUCCUCCUUGGCCUCAUGGCUGAGUCCAACCAGAGAGUCCUUCAGGGUCUGCUGACAUUGCCGGAUCCAAGCCAAGAUACUGACAAGAAAAUCCUGACUUACCUUAAAGCCAUCCGAAGGAAGAACCUCUCUCCAGACAGUUGCAUCAACCUCUUCCAGACCAUGGUCGAGAUGAGAGACCACAAAGUCAAAGAUGAGAUUCAGGAAUAUCUGAAAUUGUCAGAUCGGUCAAGAUCAGAACUGACUCCGCUGCACUGCUCUGCGUUGGCCUACAUGCUGCAGGUUUCGAAGAAUGAUGUGGAGGUGUUGGACUUGAAGAGUUACAACACAUCAGAGGAAGGCAGAAGGAGGCUGAUACCAGCUGUGAGGAGCAGCAGAAAAGCCAUACUAGCAGACUGCAAAGUGACAGCAGAGUGGGUCAAGCACCUGGCCUUUGGUCUCAAGUUCCCCUACUCACCUCUAAGAGAGCUGGACCUGAGCAACAAUGAUCUGAAAGACGUAGGUGUAGAGCUGCUCCAUGAGGGACUGUCGAGUCAAUGGUGCAGACUGAAGACACUGAGGUUGUCAGGUUGUCAGAUCACAGAGAAGGGCUGUAAUUUUCUGGCGAAGGCCCUGAAAUCCAACCCCUCCCAUCUGAUAGAGUUGGACCUCAGCUACAACCAUCCAGGAGAUUUAGGAGAGAAGCACCUCUCUGAGCUGAGAGACGAUCCACAUUACAAGCUCAACACACUCAACGUUGAACAUGGUGGAAGUCACCGAAUGAAACCGGGAUUAAAGAAAUAUGCCUGCAAGCUCAUUUUGGACUCCAACACAGUCCACAAGAACCUCCGUCUCUCUGAGGGUAACAGAAAGGUGACCUGGGUAGAAGAGGAGCAGUCAUAUCGCAAUCACUCAGAGAGGUUUGAUCACUGCCAACAAGUGCUUUGUAAGCAGGGUCUAGAUAAGCGCUGCUACUGGGAGAUCGAGGUGGUGGAACCAUUUAACAUCGGGGUAACAUACAGAACCAUUGGUAGAAAAGGGGAUGGGAAUGAUUGCAAGCUGGGUCAAAACAACAAGUCUUGGUGUCUGGUUUGCUCUGAGGAGGGUUGUUAUGUUAUGCACAACAACAAGAGUAUCAGUGUAGCUUCACUCUGCUCGCGCUCCAGUCGGGUGGGAGUUUAUCUGGACUGGCCAGCUGGCACUUUGUCCUUCUACAGAGUUUCCUCUGACAGUCGGACUCGCCUGCAUACCUUCAAAACAACAUUCACUGAGUCCCUCUAUCCUGCUGUUAAAUUUCACACUCAGUCCUCUGCUUUGUUUUGUCAGCUAACAUGAGCAGACGUUCACUGCAUCCAUACGAGCAGCCAAGGGUGUAUAUCUGCAUGCGGAUGGUCGGGACAUGUCAUCUUAGGAAACACAAAGGAUUAACUGCUCCUAUCCGUCAGUAGCCUAUCCGUUCAAAGCAAAAUUGCCAUGUUUGUGUGCCUUUGCAAAAAGUAUGU